UACACAGGUUGGAACGUCUGACUGAAAUACAGGACAACUUAUUUUUCUAAACGAGUGGUGUUUGAAUUUGUUGAUAAAAUGCGGGACAUGAUUGUUUGGUUGAGGGACAAUGGGCCAAAAUUCGGAACUGUCCCAAACAAUCCGGGACAUGUGGUCACCCUACCCCUUAUUUUUCUAUUUGACGUUCAUGUGUGAGUCUUGAACGCGUAUAUCUUUCUAGAACGGCGUUUGCAGGAGUAGUACCAACGGGGAGUGGCCAGCCAGCUGCCCAAAACAACAGCAGAAGAACUCUAGGCAACUGGCAAGUACAGCAGUCAGAGGAACUCAAUUCCUCUAAGCGGCACACCUUCCUUCACAUGCAACUAUAUUUUCUGGAAAAUCAACUAAAUAAUAUAAAGUACCCAAAUGCUUUUUUACAUGACAAACAUUUUUUUUUAACUGACAAAAAUAAUGAAACUCAUCCAGAAUGUUGUCAUCAUAGGUUGAAUGUCAGGGGGCCUGGUGCUCUCUACUAAGUAAUUUCUCCUGUGGCUGCUGCAAAGGAGAACCAGAUGUCAUAAACCAAGAUUGAAGCCUCCCACAUUUUGGGGGAUUUAAUACCUGUACAACCAAUCAGCCAUGGGAGUCUGUCCUGCUGUGUCCAGGUACUUCCGGAGGUGGAAGUAUAUGAUACUGUUGCUGCUCUCUGUCUCUGUUUUGGCUUGGAUCGCCACUUUUGCCGGCGAAACAGUGAAAGCAAUUCAGGAUACACAUAGGUCAGCACAGACACUUGAGGAUAACGCUGAGGUCCUGAGGGGGGGAAUGCAAUACUCAUGGAAAACAGUGACGCAAGUCUUCUCCAAUCCUCUCCCUGACACCCCACCACCAAAAGAAAGCUGUCCUGAGAAAUCACCACUGCUUCGUGGAGCCCUGAAGCUGACAUUCGAGGACUCUCUAACGCUGAAGGAGGUGGAGAGUGAGAACAGUGGAGUGGCUGAGGGCCAAUACCAGCCUCCAGACUGCCUCGCCCAGCAGAGUGUGGCCAUCCUCAUCCCUCACCGUAACCGGGAGAAACACCUCCUCUACCUCCUGCAUCACCUGCACCCCUUUCUUCAGAGGCAGCAGCUGCACUACGGCAUCUACGUCAUCCACCAGGCUGGAGAGGUGACGUUUAAUCGUGCCAAGCUACUUAAUGUGGGGUACUUGGAGGCACUCAAGGACUACGAUUGGGAUUGCUUUGUUUUUCAUGACGUGGAUCUGGUUCCAGAGAACGACUACAACCUAUACAAGUGUGACCAACAGCCCAAACACUUAGUGGUCGGCAGGAACGCUACAGGAUACAAAUUGCGAUACAAAGGGUACUUUGGAGGGGUGACGGCCAUGACGAAGGACCAGUUUCACAAAGUGAACGGAUUUUCAAACACUUACUGGGGAUGGGGUGGGGAGGAUGAUGACCUUCGCAUCAGGGUGGAGCUCCAGAAAAUGAAGAUUAUACGGCCACCCCCUCUUAUAGCACGCUAUACCAUGGUAUUUCAUAAAAGAGAUAGCGGCAACGAAAUUAAUAAAGACCGGAUGCUCUUGUUAGGACGGACACCUCAAGUCUGGAGAACGGAUGGCCUUAACACCUGCUCCUACAGUACUCUCUCAGUUGAGAGGCCACCUCUGUACAUUAAUGUCACAGUGGACAUUGGCAAACCACUGCACUGAGGCUUCAGAGCAUCUGUCUUGAUUUACUGCAUUGAAUACAGUAAUGGUGCUCUGGUAUGUCCAUGCCUACAUGUUAUGUACCUGCCCUAACAAACAGUGGCAGUAGCUGGUAAGCAAAAGUUUUCACUGUAAACCAUUCCAAGCAGGGCACUUAAUAUUGCCAGGUCCUAAUAACAUAAAGUCUGGAUGCCCUUCAGUCAAAACUGGUGAGUAGUUUCUAGGGGUGAGAAUAAAACCACAAUUAAAUUUUGCUCUGCGUUAGAGGUUUGCUGUGACUUGAUUGUUUCAACAAAUAUUUGCAUUCUAAUAGAGCAUGUUGUCAUUUUUUUUUAUUCUAAAGAAUCCUGGAUUUGGUCAUUUCUUAAUCUCUGGUUGUCAAAUAAAAAUGGGAACCAAGAA